CAAGAUGGCUUACGCGCUGGUGCACUUUGACAAGGAAAACCGCUUUUUUGUCUGCUCCACAUCAGAAAUCAAGAACUUCAGUGAAGAGAUGGGCAUAGGUAGCGAAGUGAAAGUCCGUUGGCAAGGAAGAAAACAUUAUCGUGCAACACUGAAAAACAUCUCUGGUAAGUGGUCACUUUUGUGUGCGCUUUUUGUGCACGUGGUAUUACAUAACUACAUUUAUUUCGCAUUAUAGAUGACCAGGGGGCACUCCAGCAGGAAAUGGACGUCCAAAUUGAAGAGUUUAACAAGAAUUUGACUAUGACUCCUGAGGACGACCCUGUCACAAGGCAAGCCCUUUCCUUGCUCGAUGAACUUAAUGCCGAGUCUUCCCUCAAGGAAGAGAAUGCUGUACUAUGUGAACAGCUUCAUUCUACAGAGCAGCGGCUUCAUAGCGUUGAGGCUGAGCUGGAGAACACAGUUGACGAAGCAUAUGGAGUUAGAAGGCCACCUUAAGGCAGCACGCCGACUUUUAAGAGCUGCUCAGCGGCUUGCCAGUGACCCUGCAGGUCCAACACCCGCCGUUACGGAUGAUGCAAGCGCAGCCGCACUGGACACGGAGUACUCGUUCGUCACAAUCGAGGAGAAGAACAAUCCCCAUUUGGCACAGCCUAAACACAAGCGCAAUGACUAUCAGGUAGUCGAGCUGGUGUCGCUCUCCGGCGUAUAUGUACCCACAAGGGCACUGGCAGGCGCCCGGCUGGCCAAGUCGGCAACGACAAUGGCCAGAUCACUGCUGGUCAACAUUUUCAACGAAGAAGCGCUCAUGAACUGCUCAGUGAAGGGUGAGCGUCACAACGGAGCACGUGGGCACGUGGAAGAGACGCGGACACCGCUUUAUCCUAGAGCCGUCGAUGCGAUAAUCGACGUCACUCAAGCGCACGGUGCAGGACGGCCAUAAUGGAGGUCUCGACUGCUGCGUUGGUCAAGUCCCUUGGCACCAAGUUAAGCGAAUUGAGAGACAGACGAAAUCAUGAAAAUAAAAAUGACAAUGUC